AUGUCGUCUCAAAAAGCCAAGCAGAAGGAGGUAGCCGAGCCCGAGGCGGACCAGCCUGAGAACGACGCACAGGACGACUCAGGCUCCGAUCUCUCCGAGGAAGACCACGAUCAGGCCAGUUCCACGCUACCAGAGGCUAGCGUUUCGUCCGCCUCGAUCAAGAAGAAAAAGAAGAAACGGUCCAAGGCGUUGAAGGCUCUCCGGGGAAGCAAAGAUGGAAUCCCGCAGAAAGUUGUAGAUGCGGUACUUGAGAAGGUCCGCGCGGAGGGCGGCGAGGCAGCGAGCGCGGACGAGGCCACGGUAAGGAUGGCGCUGGAGCAUUUAAAGAUCAAGGAUGUUAUUCAAGGCAAGGCGGGGAUUGGAGGAAGGAACAGGAAAGAUACCGGCGACCACAAGUUCUGGGCAACACAACCUGUCCCUCAACUUGGCGAGGGCCCCCCGCUCGCGGAUGGUUACAUUGAACCCUCUAUACCACCAGAAGAGGUUCGCCAGGAAGCGUAUCCAUUACCCAAAGACUUCGAGUGGUCAACUCUGGACAUCAAUGAUCCCUCGCAGCUGCGAGAGCUGUACGAGCUUUUGUCAGGACACUAUGUGGAAGAUGACGAUGCGUCCUUCCGUUUCCAGUAUUCUGCAGAAUUCUUGCAAUGGGCUCUCAUGCCUCCCGGAUACAACAAAGAAUGGCACCUCGGUGUGCGCGUGGCGUCAAACAAGAAGCUGGUGGCUUUUGUUUCUGGCAUACCGCUCACACUACGUGUUCGAGAAAAUGUUUUCAAUGCCAGCGAAGUUAAUUUCCUCUGUGUCCACAAAAAGCUGCGAUCGAAACGUCUGGCUCCUGUCUUGAUCAAAGAGAUUACCCGUCUAUGUCACAGGAAAGGAGUAUUUCAGGCUUUGUACACAGCGGGUGUGCUUCUCCCGACGCCCAUCUCGACAUGUCGAUACCACCACCGAUGCCUAAACAUCCACAAGUUGGUCGACGUACGCUUCACGCACGUUCCCUCAAACAUGACCUUAGCACGGAUGAUCCGUCUGAACAAGGUUCCUGACCGUCCACAUCUCCUCGACCCUCAGUUCGGACUGCGGGAGAUGGAAGAGAAGGAUGUUCCCAAAGUCGCAGAGCUCUUCGCGAAGUUCAUGCGACGCUUUGGCAUGGUGCAAGUCAUGACGCUGGAUGAAGUACGGCACUAUCUGCUGAGUGGAACGGGCGAAGGGCCGAGGACGAAAGAUAGUUGGUCCACGAGGCGAGAAGGGCAGGUUGUGUGGACAUAUGUUGUCGAGAAUCCGGAGACGCACAAAAUCACCGAUUUUUUCUCGUUCUACUCUCUGCCCUCGACUAUCAUAAAUUCGGAGAAGCACAAUGUUCUCCAAGCCGCGUACCUGUUUUACUAUGCGACAGAUGUUGCUCUCCACGACGCCGCAGAGCUGGACGGCCGGCUGAAGAAGCGGCUGGAAGAGCUUAUCGGCGACUGUCUUGUCACUGCGAAUGCAGCAGGGUUUGAUGUUCUCAAUGCGCUGUCGCUCAUGGACAAUUGCCAAUUCAUGCAAGACUUGAAGUUCGGUCUGGGCGACGGCAUGUUGAACUACUACCUGUACAACUGGCGGACAGCACCGCUGGCAGGUGUGAACGCCAUUGGGGAUGUGCCUGCGGGCAAAGGUAUUGGGGUCGUAAUGCUCUGA